AUGGCUACACCAUUCACCAACAUCGACGAGGCCUCUCCGUCUCCAGCAAAACGACUCAAGCGGAGCUUCAAAGCAUGCAAUCGUUGCCAUGUCCAGAAGACGAAAUGCACCGGGGAGAAGCCUUGUCGGGGCUGUUUGAGGUCGGAUAAUGCCCACAACUGCACGUAUCCCGUUCGCGAACGAAAGGUCAUAGUUCUAGAAAGCUACAUUGAACAGAUGCAAGCAGAAAACGACAAGCUCAGGAAGCGCAAAUUGUCCGCAUCGGCAUCACCACGUUCUACUGUUGAUAAUACGGGAGCUGCUAGGAGCGUUGACGGCAAUGGCAUUCUACCUGAAGCUUUGGAAGCACAAACCGAUGACGACAAUCGUGAUGAGGAUCGAGCCACCGCAAAUGUAGCCAAGCCGUUGCUCGAAGACCGGAUAUCCAUUCGUGACAACGGCAUCUCCUCGCGGCCAGUAUACGUCGGCGGUGCCGCGUGUACAGCAUUUGCCGCUCGGCUUGGUGGCCAUCUUCGCGGAAAUCAAGUAGUCUCUCCGGCUGUUAUUCCUGUAUUCAAGCAUACUGAUUUGCAGCGCACCCAUCAUUCUCGCCAUAACCUACCAAGCCGCGCGUAUGCCCGCUUCCUCGUGCAGACUGUCAUCAACUUUAUUGGCAAAGAUUACCACCUACUCCGCAAGAGAUCAUACUUUGCCAAAGUGGACCAGAUUUACGAUGACGUACAAGGAGCCAACUCCAUAUCACUCUGCCGGCUUUUCGUCGUCCUGGCUCUCGGCGAACUGUACCUCAAGAGAUCAGAGAUUGUAGAGGAUGGUUCGAGGACUGUUCCGGGUACCACCUUCUUCCUUCAGGCGGUCACAUACUUUGAGGAACAUUAUGAAGAACCAGACGUAGAGUACAUUGAAACAUUGCUGUUGUUGUCAUUCUACUCGCAUGCCUUGAACCGAAAGAAUAACGCCUACACCUAUACCGGUUUGGCAUUACGUCUCAGCGUUUCGAUUGGGUUGCAUCGAAAUAUUACUUAUGAACCUGGCAUAAGCCCAGCCGAAAUCGAGAAUCGCCGCCGCGUCUGGUGGACUGUCUACACAUUUGAACGACUUUGCAGCGCAAAGCUGGGACACCCCAUCAUGAUUCGAGAUGAGGAUAUUGAUGCUCCUCUCCCAUCGUCCAAUGGCCUCACGACAGAGGAGCUGGAUGAUUUUAUGGAUGCUCGACAGUUGCUUGCCAACAUCAAGCUCUCACGUAUCACAGGCUCCAUCAUGAGCCUCAUUUACGGGUCUGGGCUCGCAAAGACAAAGAAUUUUAUCAGCAAUGUCCACCAGAUUCUCAACAAUCUCAAACAAUGGGACACUGAGCUUUGUCCGGAUCUUAAGCUUGACUACGACAGAUUCCCCACCUACGGAUCGCGCUCUGUUGCUUCACUUCGGCUGCAUUUCAAUCAGUGUAUCAUCCUCACUACCAGACCAGUCCUACUUCAUGUUCUCAACUAUCAUAUCAAGCCAAUCCUGUCGCAAACGGCGUCACAACCAACCAGACCUCUAUCCGCAAUGGCUAUUGCCCUGAGUGAGGCUUGUAUAUACGCUGCAAGGGCGUCGGCGAAUCUGCUCUCCCAGUUGUGGAUAGAUGGUAGAAUUGCCAAAUUUGGCUACUUCGACGCUCACUACACGUUUUCGUCUGCCGUAGUCCUCCUUAUUUCUAAUACUUUGAGGGCCAACGAGUUUGACGCGGACACGAUCACUGUCUCGCUCGCUCUACUGCAAAGCAUGGUGGAAGAUGGCAACUUGCCGGCCCAGGAAAUGUACGAGAGGCUUCUUUCCCUACAAAAAGAUGUCGAUGAGCUCCAAAAGACAGCACCGCAAUUCUCCGGGCCUCGAAGGGGUUACAUCACACCGUCAGGUACCUUUGCAGCAAAUAUCAAGCGGAGCGACGCAGCCCACCUGAGCCCUAGGAGUAAUAGUCGCGGCAGUGUAAGCAUCCCACGAGAACCAAACACCGGAGUUGCAGAAAUACGCAAUGCUGCUCCCUUGAAUGACCCAUUCAUUCAGGACUUUUUAAGCAGCUCCGAUAACCGCACUUGGAGCCCAGAUGCGUUUCACAUUUUCGAUGGCGAGGAUGGAGCUUGGUCGCUUGCUUGGGAUAACACCAACAACCUUUUCAACGGCGAUCUUUCAUUCACACCUGGCGUAUAA